GUGUGUUCAAUCAUCAUCGUUAGGCAGCUUUAAGUCAGCGCUCUUGAGUGCAUUACAUCGCAUCGCAGCAUCAUAGUAGACAGAGAAGCUAAGAUCAACCAUCAUAAUGCGUUUCUUGAUUGCAACUAUUGCCCUGUUCGUGCUGGCCGUGGCAGUUGUGUCCGCCCUGCCGGCAGUGAACGAUGAGUCAAUCAUUGGUGGCGAUGUGUACGAGGCGGAGGUCGAUAGCUUCAACCCACAGGAUCCGCAAGCCUUCCUGAAGCUGAAGAAGCUGAAGAAGCUGCUGUUCUUGGGCUAGUUCCUUGGCAGGAUAGCUGUAAUCACCGUUCCAAUGUGCCAAAGUGUCUCUCCAAUACCCUGCCAUUCCCGAUCGCCUGAAUGUGUUCUGGCGAACCUCCAUGCUCUCAUAGAAAACUGCAUCCAUUCCCUUUCCAGUCCCAGCGGUAGAAACGUUCCCUUUCCUGGCACCACUGGUCCCAAUGCUCUAUCCUUAGUGUUCGCGUUUGUUAAGAUUAAGUCAGUGUGUUUUUU